AGGAGAGAGAAAUAAACAUCUGUCAUUGGCUACUCCAUGGUCUUGGUUGGGGAGAGAGAGAGAGAAAAAAAAGAAAAGAAAAGAAGAAGAAAAGGUCACUCCUUUCACUAAAAAAAAGCCCUUUUUCCUCUUCCUCUUUUACCACCCCCUCCCCCUUCUUUGUCUCCAUCUUUCUCUGAAGUGCACUAAUGAUGGAGCAAAGUUUCCAUCUUUGAGCUUCUCCUCUCUCUUUUGCCAUUAAAAAAAAGAUAACUUUUUGCCACCCCUUUCUCCCCCUUUCCACUCUCUUUUGCACUUCACCAACCCUGAUCUUUCCCUAUCUCCUUGUUUUGGUUACUUGAUUUGGGGUUUGGAGCCCCAAAUGCAUGUGGGUCAGUUGAGAUUUUGAGUAAUUUGGUGAUUUUGUGCACACAUUAUGUGCUGUCACAUUGCUUCCUCCUUUUACUGUGCAUGAAUUUGCUGUACUUCUGAUUGAAAUUGUGUGAUUGCUAUGUAUGAUUCAUGAUUCAUUGUUUGCAUUUUAGCUCCACUUUUAGUGUCUUGUGUGUACUGUGCAUUAAAUCUUGCAUCUUGUGAAAAAAAAACCCACCCUUUUGAUCACUGUUCUUCUGUAGCUAAGUAAUGCAGUUCACUAUCCUGUUUCUUUUCAUCUGGGUAGGAGGUAUUAGUGGAGAUUCGGACUUCGAUGCGCUCGUCGAGUUCCGAAAAGGGAUUCAGGAAGACCCUUCCGGCCGAAUCAUCGAUUCUUGGAACCCUAGCAGUGAGCUUGAUUCUUUUGGUUGCCCCAUUAAUUGGUAUGGGGUACAAUGUAGCGCCGGUCGGGUUUCUUCGAUCGCUUUGGGUAAUGUCGGUUUGGUUGGAAACAUCAGUUUCUCGGCGUUAACAAAGAUGUCGAUGCUUCAAAACCUAUCUCUGUCAAACAAUCAGUUAAUCGGUGUUCUCCCCCCCGAAAUGGGGCUUAUUAGCUCUUUGGAGCUUCUAGAUCUUUCCAACAACUUGUUUUCGGGUCCUAUUCCUGCUCAGUUGACAAAGUUGGUGAAUUUGGUCUAUCUCAAUCUGUCCUCGAACAGUUUUAGCGGAGUUUUGCCACCUGGGUUCCAAAAUUUUAGAAAAUUGAAGUACUUGGAUCUUCAAGGCAACAAUUUUUCGGGGAAAGUAGAUGAGGUUUUUGCUGAAUUACAGGGUUUGGUCGAUAUUGAUUUCAGCAGAAAUCAGUUUUCCGGGUCACUGAAGUCGAUUUCUGAUGAUUCAGCUAUUACGAGCUCGCUGCGGUAUCUAAAUGUCAGCCACAAUGGUCUGUCUGGGGAGCUAUUCUUAAAAGGUUCGGUGCCUUUGUUCGAUAGCUUAGAGGUUUUCGACGUGAGCUUCAAUCAGCUCAGCGGCAAUGUUCCUUCGUUCAAUUUCAUAGUUUCUCUUAGGAUUUUACGUUUGAGAGAGAAUCAAUUUUCCGGGUCCUUGCCGGAAGCACUUUUCAGGGAAACUUCAAUGGUGUUGACUGAGCUUGACCUAAGCUGCAACCAGCUUACAGGUCCAAUAAAACGUGUAACUUCGAUAACUUUAAAGAGCUUAAACCUUUCAUUCAAUAACCUUUCAGGCUCUUUGCCUAUCACCGUAGGGAGCUGCGCGGUCAUAGACUUAAGCAACAACAUGCUUUCUGGGAACUUAUCUGUAAUCCGGGCUUGGGGAAAUUAUGUGGAAGUUAUCGAUCUAAGUUCAAAUGGCUUGACAGGAAUUUUGCCAAAUGAAACAUCUCAGUUCUUGAGGCUGGCCUCUUUCAACGUCUCGAACAACUUAUUGACGGGAGAACUUCCACCUGUGAUCGGAACUUAUCCCGAGUUAAGUGCUAUCGACCUUAGUCUCAAUCAGCUCUAUGGCCCUCUGCCAUCGACUCUUUUUACAUCAGUAAGAUUGUCGAUCCUGAAUCUUUCGGGAAAUAGCUUUACAGGAACCAUCCCUUUUCCUGACGGUGAAGGCGCUUUGCCAUAUUCAAGCUUGACCUAUCUUGAUCUUUCAAAGAACUCCUUAAGUGGUCCACUGCCUCCGGAAAUUGGUAGAUUGAGUGGCUUGAAAUUAUUAAAUAUUGGGAAGAACAACUUUUCUGGGCAGAUACCGAAAGAAAUCGGUUUGCUCCAAAAUCUGCAAUAUGUUGACUUGUCUAGUAACGAGUUGGACGGCACCAUACCUAGUGGAUUUACUGACGGCCUCGUUGGAUUUAAUGUUUCCUAUAAUAAUCUAUCAGGCAAUGUUCCUAACAACUUGUUGAAGUUUCCAUAUUCAUCAUUUCAUCCGGGGAAUGAACUGUUGAUCUUUCCUAGUUCGCCUCCUUCAAAUGUUUCCGACCUUCCCUAUAAGGGAAGAAAGCACGACCGUCAGAUGAAGCACACUUUGCAGUACGUUCUGAUCGGAUGUGCUUUUGCUUGUUUUGUUCUAAUAAUUGUGUUAGUGAUUAUUCAUCGAAGGAUUUCUGGUCAGAAACGCAGAGGAAGUGCUACUGAUAAAACCAACUCAACUAUAACUCGCUGUGUCGAGGGUCAAAAAUCUAUAGAGCCACCUCCUGCUGCAAACCAAGAUCAAUAUGAGCAAGGAGAUGUUUCUUUGCCACCCAAAACUGAUACAGGGGAGUCGUCAGCAAAAGCCGAGCUGUUUGAUCGGCCAACAGUCAGUAAGUUGCCACAAAAGGACUAUGAAAAGGCAUCAACAUCUCAUUUUGCAUUUUCCCCCCCUCCCGACCCAUCUGUACACCAGCACCCUUCCAUUCUACGGGUGUACUCUCCAGAUAAACUCGCGGGUGAUUUGCAUCUUUUCAACAGUUCACUCGUAUUCACGGCGGAAGAACUUUCUCAGGCCCCCGCAGAAAUUAUCGGUCGGAGUUGUCACGGAACCUCAUAUAAGGCUACGCUCGAGAAUGGACAUGUGUUGAUCGUGAAGUGGCUAAAAGAAGGCCUCGCAAAGAGUAAAAAGGAGUUUGGCAGAGAAGUCAAAAAACUUGGUAACAUUAAGCACCAGAAUUUAGUCUCUUUACGCGGCUAUUACUGGGGCCCGAGGGAGCACGAGAGGAUUCUUAUAUCGGACUAUAUUGAUGCAGUGUCUCUCACCACCUACCUGUGCAAUUUCAGAGAGCGAAAUCUUUCUCCUCUAUCUUUGCCCCAGCGGCUAAAUAUAGCUAUAGACAUCGCCCGCUGCCUCAACUAUCUACACAAUGAAAUGGCGAUUCCUCAUGGAAAUCUCAAAUCCUCGAACAUCCUAAUACAAAAUGUUCCCCUUCCAAACGCACUCGUGACCGAUUACAGCCUACAUAGGCUAAUGACACCAGCUGGCAUGGCGGAGCAGGUCUUGAAUGCAGGAGCUCUUGGAUAUCGCCCCCCAGAAUUCGCGAGCACUAAUAAGCCGUGCCCGUCCAUAAAGAGCGACGUAUACGCAUUUGGUGUAGUUUUGCUUGAGCUUUUGACGGGGAAAAGUGCCGGAGAGAUUGUCUCCGAAAGCCCUGGCGUCGUCGACCUAAUCGACUGGGCGAGGCUUUUGGCUAGUGAGGACCGUGCUUUUGAGUGUUUCGAUCGGCUUCUUCUAGAAGCCGGUAGUUCCGAAAGCUCUUCUAAAGUGCUCGAGGAUCUGUUGCGGGUGGCACUUCGGUGCAUUCGGUCCGCAUCCGAAAGACCUGAGAUCGAAACAGUUUUCGAGGACCUCUCCGCCCUAUCAUCAUAAUUCUCGCCUGCGACAUUGUACAUCUCGUACUGACCCGUCAGAUAAACUUUAGGAUCAACAUGUUCUGUAAUUUUCUUAUCAUUCAUUUAAUCGCGAGCACCAGCUUCCAUUCCCCUUGGAAUUUCAUUCAAUUUCAUUCACUGCAGUACUCGACUGAUAAUAAUGUCGAUAAUUUCGUGAAGUUUGAUUGUUGGCUGGAAAUAAAAAGUUCUGGUGAUCUUCAUUGGCUUGUCACUAUGAACUUGAUCAAUCGGUUUAAGUUUUCUGAAACUCAGGAGAGAGAUGAGUAUUGUUUUGCAAACAUAUUUUACUUGCUUUGGAUUCUGA